AUGGGUAAUGCGGCACUGUGUGCCCCUUCAAUCAUCUCCAACGGCGAGAUCAGGAUCUUCUCCGGCGGCAAGCUACAAAUUUACGCAAAUACCCCCGUACGAGCGGCCGAGGUCAUGCUCGAGAACCCGGGCCAAUUCCUCUGCGAAUCCGAAAACCUCAGAGUCGGGCAGCGGAUCCCGGGAAUGUGCGCCGACGAGGAGCUCCAGAAGGGCCGGAUUUACUUUCUUCUUCCGAUGGAGAUGCUCUACUCCGUGCUCACCUCCGACGAGAUGAGGGCUCUCACGCCGCACAAGGCGUGCAAGGGAACCUCCAGGCAGCCGUCCCUCACCAGCCUUUCUAAGAUUUUCCCCGAAUUUAACUGUCUUUCCGCCGGCGGUGUUGGCGGCGGUCAGGAGGCGGCGGGUUAUUCCGUUGACGGCGGUGAUGGUGCGGAGAGCGGUGGUCCGGUGAGGUAUUCGAGGCAGAGGUCGUGGCAGCCGGCUUUGGAGACUAUCGUCGAAACUCCACCCCGUGCUUGA